GCAGCCUGCAGGUCAACAUUCACGAAUCAAACGCUACUUAUUUCACGUCGGCGUUUCACCUCAGCGGACAGAGUUAAUCCACAACCGAACAGCAUGAGCAGAUCCACAGAAUGGAUUCCUGCUUUAUGGUUGGACGUCUUUAAUGAGCUGCUGUAUGAUGACAAUCAGCUUGAUUAUGAAGACCAGUGGACUCUCAACUUUAGCUACAGCCAGACAGACACAGUCACCAAGGACGAGAGGAAGAGAGGCUGGAAGGUUUAUGCCCACUGUGCCCGUGGAAAAUUUCAGUGUGCGUCCUGCAGAAAGACCUGGCCCUCAGCACGAGUGGUGGUGUUGUUCCGAUACCGGCUUCAGAGGGGCCGCGGGACGGUGAUCAUGCGGCCCUUCGGUCAGGCCUGUCGUCGGUGCCAAGAUGGUUAUGAGCUGGGUGGAUUUUCCGAGAAUGAGGUGGAACAUGCUCUGCUGAGGGUGUUUGCCAAAAUCAGGAAGAACUGCUACGGCGAGGAUGAUGAUGACGACGAUGUGUCAUCCACAGAGUCCACCGUAGUGCGGACCAGACCCCACGAGGACAGCCUGUGUGAGGCAUGCUGUAUGGGCAUUUGCUGUCAGGAUGACAGCUAGAAGUGUGUGCAUGCGUGUUUGUUUGUGUGUGUGUGUGCGCGUGUGUGUGUCUAUCAAAGUGUGAGUGCCAUGACAGCCUCCUUUUCCAGUUUGCACAUGAAAUUUUCUUCAGCAAUUUGAAGUUUAAAGGCUUUUUAUUGUUAUGAAGGUUCUUGGUCCGGUAAAAAACAACAACAAAAAAACAGGACCAAUCACCAGAUAUGAUAAAUUUUCUAUAUUUUUUAUUGUAUUGUAUUCGUACUAAUUAAGUAAUAAAAUUUUGUGAAAUUGUGA